CGAGAGAAAUAAACAAACGAACAAACAGACAAAGGAAAGCAAAGGAAAGUCGUGGUUCAUUUCUCUCCACUCUCCUCAACAAAUUUCCGUCACUAUUUUUCUCCUCCACAAUUCCAGAACCAUGCCAAACGCUACCUCCUCUUAACUCUAAAAGUCCCCUCCACCUCACGCUCUUUUCUCUCUUUGCUGCUUCAUGGACUAUAUACCCUACUCACAAUUAACCUUCCAUGGCCCUCCUAUUCUUCCCGGGCUUUCUUUCUGUUGCAUAUGCGCCAAAGUUCAGUUUUGGCUCUGUUCCUCGGAGGAAUCGAUGCAGUUGUUCUCUCUCCGCUCAAACACCAGCAGUGACAAGCAAUGGACGCCGCAGUGGUGGCUCGGCGAUUCUCUGGUUCAAGCAGGAUCUUCGUGUCGAUGAUCACCCCGGCCUUGUUGAAGCUUCUAAGUUUUCUUCCUUAGUUCCUCUUUAUGUCUUCGAUCACCGGAUUCUUUUUGGUUAUUCUGAUGAUGUGCUAGAACUUGUUCUUUUUGCACUGGAAGAUUUGAGGAAGUCUCUACAGGACCAGGGAUCCAAUUUAAUGAUCAGGUUUGGAAGUGCGGAGAAUGUCAUAAGUGACCUUGUACAAGAGGUGAAAGCUACCAAUGUAUUUGCCGAAGAGGAGGUAGAGUACCACCUAAAAAUGACAAUAGGAAUUGUUGAAGAAAGCUUGGUAAGAUUGCCUUUUUCGGAUGGAAAUCCAAAGAUAGUAAUUUGGCGGACUCCAUUUUAUGAUAUUAAGAAUCUAAAGAGCUUUCCUGCAUCACAUGAUGACUUCAAGAAACUUCAAUUAGCGCCAACUUCACCUCUUUUGCCCCCCAACUUACCUGGUGCAGCAAUGGAUUUGGACUGGGGUUCUCUGCCAACAUUGGAUGAGUUGAAAAAAUUUAUGAAUCAAAAUCCACAUAAAUUGAGAGAGAGUUGGACGUUAAUCAAGGAGAUGUCAACUGAAACUCUAUUGCAGAAGAGGCUGUCAAAGUUGAAGGAAACAAAUUUGAAUUUCCAGCAAAGUCAGAGGAAGAGAGUGGAUCAAUCUGUUUUUGUCACACAAAACCAAAAUGUUGUGGGAGGAGGGACAAAUAGCAUACUAAAUGCAUUGGCAGCAUACUUGAGAUAUUUGGAAGGAACAGCUCGAGAUGACUGGCAAGAGGUACAUCAGAGGUUACGUGACGCUGAAAGACGGGAUGGGGCUUCAUUUCUCACACUCUUUGGUCCUGCCCUUUGUCUUGGGGUCAUAUCCAGAAGGAGAGUGUAUUAUGAAACACUCAAAUACGAGAAGGAACGAAAUGCUGGCUUUCUAUCACCCUUUGGAUAUUCAACAACAACUGUUGCUGCAGCAGCUGAUGCCGUGUGCUCAAUGGAGUGGUAUUGGCUUAUGGCUCUGAAAGGUCAAAUAAAUGAUGCAGGAAGAUAUUCUAUAAGGAUAUGGCGAUGGAAUGGGUAUUUAAUACAGUAUACAGUUGUUGGUGAUGAAGGUCCAGCUAUUCUCCUAGUUCAUGGUUUUGGUGCAUUUUUGGAGCAUUACCGUGACAACAUAUGUGGUGUAUCUGAGGGUGGAAACUGUGUUUGGGCAAUCACAAUUUUGGGUUUUGGCAAGUCAGAAAAGCCAAAUGUUAUAUACACUGAACUUAUGUGGGCUGAAUUGCUCAGAGAUUUUAUAAUUGAAGUUGUUGGUGAACCAUUGCAUCUCGUAGGGAACUCUGUCGGUGGCUAUUUUGUAUCUAUUGUUGCAUGUUUUUGGCCUUCUUUGGUAAAGUCUGUUGUUCUUAUCAACAGUGCGGGGGAUGUUAUUCCAGGAUAUGGUUACCUACAAUUCACCAAAGAAAGACAAACUUCUAUGGUUGCACAGCUAGGUGCCCAACUUCUUCUGCUCUAUUUGAGGUUGAACAUCAGAACAAUAGUGAAUAACUGCUACCCAACUAAAACUGAGAGAGCUGAUGAUUGGCUUAUUAAUGAAAUGCUAAGAGCUUCCUUCGAUCCUGGUGUAUUAGUGGUCCUGGAAAGUAUUUUCAGUUUCAACCUUUCACUUCCGCUUAAUUAUCUUUUGGAAGCUUUCAAGGAAAAGGUUCUAAUCAUACAGGGAAUGAAAGAUCCCAUCUCUAACUCCAAGUCCAAAGUGUCCAUGUUCAAAGAGCACUGUCCUGGGUUCGCAAUUCGGGAACUGGAUGCUGGCCACUGCCCCCACGAUGAGAAACCAGAAGAAGUGAAUACAAUCAUUUGUGAAUGGAUAGUGACAGCAGAAAGCAAAAUUCUGGCUCGGAGCGUCUCAUAGCUUGUUGCUUACAUGAUUGAAGAUAUUGAUAAUGUGGAUAAUCCACAUUCUAGUUAUUUUUUGAACCCUCAAUAGAAGAAUAUGUUGCUCAGAAUUUUGGAUCCAAGUCUAGAUAAAGAUGAAGUAUUCAAGUUCGAAGGUGAUUCUGAUGGGAUCUUACUUUUAUUGGCGUAAAGGGAAAGACUUAUCUAUAUUGUAUAGGUUCAUUUAUAUGUCAAAUUAAUUACAAAUAGUUUUUUUUGUUCAAAUGAUUAUAUUUCUAAUCAUAUUUUGGAAAAAAUAAAACAGUAGUAACAUAUUAGCUUGUAUGAAACCAUCCAUUAAGUAGGUGUAAGUAAAUCUUACCCUAUUGUAAAAGCCGUAUUUGAAUUCCUUGUCCAA